AUGGAAGGCGAGGGGGGCUCACAGACAGGGCGGCCGAGGGUGUGGGGCCAGACGGGAGACGGCCGACGCACCUCUCUUCCGCACGGCGUGUCGACAUACAUACACGCUGCACUACACCAGCCAUGUGAUUACACAUCACAAUGUCUUUUACGCCUACUACGUGCGACUACAAAGGACGUUGGUAUGGUAAUGGUAAUAGACUUAGAAACAGCGUCCCUGACCGCGCGGGCCUUGGUAGCGGCCGUCGACUCGGGCUCACUCCCUAUUACGACUUUAGCUUCUCAUUAUACAGAUACUGAGCUCCCCAUCCCGCUUGCACACAUAUUGAUAAAUAAGGACGAAACACUGUGA